UAUUCAAACCGCAGAGUUAUCCGCUACCGCUAGCGGUAACGGAAUCCCGAUGGGUAUGCGAUUUUCGCUAUGUUCAAACCAUAGCGGAAUUCGCUACCGCCCCCGGUAGCGGUUCGGUCGACCGACGACGGGCGCUGUAGUGUCCUCAAGGUGUAGUGUCGUUGUCAACAUCUUGUUUACUGUACGUAGAUAGGUUUUCAAAUGGUUUGAUAAAUUGAAAAAGAAGAAGAUGGUUAGCAGAGAAGAAGAAGCAUUACUUUUAUUGGCAUUACUUGAGGACGAACGAAAGUCACGAAUUUGGAUCCAUGACAUAAAUAGAGAACGAGAAGUCGAAGGGCAAUUUCACACACUUUAUCCAAAGCUGCGACGGGAUGAAAAACGAUUUUAUGAUACAUAUAGAAUGUAUACAGAAUCAUUUGAUGAAAUAUUAAAUAUGAUCAAGUUCGACAUAACAAAAUCCUAUACUGAAUUUCGACGCCCAAUUGGUCCUGAGGAACGAUUAGCUAUUACUUUAAGUUUCCUAGCGACGGGGGAUUCAUUUAAAUCAAUUGGAAACGACUACAGAGUCGGAUAUUCUACAGUAGGAGACAUCGUAGGUGAAGUGUGUGAGGCCAUUUGGAACAGAUUACAACCAGUAUAUAUGAAGAAUCCCACUGAAGAAAUGUGGACAUUGACAUCGGAAGAGUUUUACAACUUAUGGCAAUUCCCAAAUUGUAUUGGGAGCAUUGAUGGGAAGCACGUUACUGUUGUUUGUCCUCGUAAUUCAGGUAGUAAUUAUUUUUGCUACUUAAAAAAAUUUUCCAUAGUACUUAUGGCAAUAGUGGGACCACAGUAUAAUUUUUUAUGUAUAGAUGUUGGCGGGUACGGCAAGAAUAGUGACGGUGGUAUCUUUGAAAACUCCGUUAUGGGAAGACAGUUCUGUAAUGGAACAAUGAACAUACCACAUAAUAAACCUUUGCCAGGGUACAAUGUCCAUACUUCACAUGUUUUAGUAGGAGAUGAAGCGUUUGCUUUAAAAACAUACCUGAUGAAACCAUUUAAUCAGAGAGAAGCUCUGAGGGAUAUGCGCAAAGAAAGAUAUAAUAAACGUUUAUGUCGUGCUCGGCGCGUUGUGGAAAACGCGUUUGGUAUAAUGGCUCAAAAAUGGAGGAUAUUUUUAAGACCGAUUCCAUUGCAUGUGUCUAAAUCUGUGAAGGUUGUAAAAGCAUGUUGCGUACUACAUAAUUAUUUGCGCUCUAAAACUUGUACUAGGCAAUAUUUGACACAGUUAUAUCAUACUGAAUCACAAGAUAAUCAUUUUAAUAGAAAUGUCGCGCAUAAUGCAAACGCAGAGACGGGUCACAAUGUACGCGAACAAUUUGUGAACUACUUUAAUACAGAUUAAGUGAAUUGUAUUAGGUACAUGUUAUGUUAAUAUAUUCAAAUAAAUAAAUGUACUUAAUUAAAUUGUAAACUUACCAUCCAUGUUUAAUUUUCCUCCGAUUUCUUCCCAUAACUUAUAUUUUAAAAAUGUGUUUUUGAAUUCGG